UUAACGCUAGUACCUGGAAUCGCAGAUGACACUUUUUUUCCUUUGGGCUCUCUACUGAAGUCAUCCUGUUGAAAACAUGGAGGGAGAUGAGGACUUGGAGCUAUUGGCUUCCCUGUUAGACGAAGAUAUGGCAGCUGAGGAUGGGAAUUGCCCUGAAGAGGAAGAAGGUUGCUCAGAGGAGGCAGGAGAACCUGAUGAGUACGAUGAGCUGUUUGAUGCAGAGGAUGAUACCUCUUACACCGAGGAGGUUGGGUCUGAGGAGAGUGAAGCCAAUGAGGAGAAGGAAACUGUGGCUACUUUGUUUGGAGAUGUGGAUGACUUGAUAGAAGAAGAGAAGGAGGAAGAACCUGCACAAGAAAUACCCUGUUGUCCAGCCCCCAGUCAAGAGAAAGAGAAAACCAAUCAGGAGUUACAAGAUGAGCUGAAGAAAUUGCAAGAGCAGAUGAAGAAGUUACAGGAGCAGUUGCAAAAGACUGCCAUUGAGCAGCCAUCCAGCUCAGGCCCAGCAAAGAAAGCUCCAGCAGGGAAACCACCUUGCAUGCCCUUAAAGGAAAGGAAAAUGCAGACACUACAGGAGUCACCGUGUUUCUCUGCCCAGCUUGAUGCACAUGCAUUACCACUAGCUAAACGGGGAGCCCAGAAAGCAAAGCUUUCACCGGGAGAGAACAAGAGUUCUCCUCUAAGAACAGUAUUAAGUUCAUCUUUCCAGCCUCUCAGAUCUAUUGGGGGGAACACCCCCAAAGUUGGAGUCAAAGAGAGGACUUCUCACUUGCCUGAAUGUUCCAGCAUGACUGAUCAGCCAGUCUCUGUGGAAGCUUUCUCUGGCCUGAGAUUGAGAAAACCCCGUGUAUCUUCAGUUGAAAUGGAGAGGAAAAUGGCUGGACGGAAGCUGAUCCGACUGUCUCAGCUUCAAAACAAACUUGCUGGAGAAAAUCUUGAGGAAACAGACUGGGUAACGUUUGGAGUGAUAAUGAAGAAAAUCACCCCUCAGAGCUCAAACAGUGGCAAAACCUUCAGCAUCUGGCGACUGAAUGAUCUGCGUGAUCUGAACAAGUGCGUCUCAUUAUUUUUGUUUGGUGAUGUCCACAAGGAACACUGGAAGACGGACCAAGGCACAGUCAUUGGGCUGCUCAAUGCUAAUCCCAUGAAACCUAAGGAGGGUUCAGAUGAGGUAUGCUUGUCUGUUGAUCAUCCCCAGAAGAUCCUGCUCAUGGGUGAAGCCCUUGAUUUGGGCACCUGCAAAGCCAGGAAGAAGAAUGGUGAUCCCUGCAUGCAGAGUGUCAAUCUGAAUGACUGUGAAUAUUGUCAGUAUCACGUGCAAUCUCAGUACAAGAAGCUCAGCUCGAAGCGGGCAGACUUGCAGUCCACCUUCUCGGGUGGCCGCGUUCCAAAAAGCCUGGCUUGUAAGAACCCCAGCUUGAAGGAGAGGCUGUGCCGGGAAGGCUUUUACUAUGGAGGGGUUUCUUCAGCAGCCUACGCAGCUUCUGUUGCAGCAGCUGCAGCUCCAAAGAAGAAGAUUCAAACUACGCUCACAAAUCUGGUCGUGAAAGGAGCCAAUGCAAUUGUACAGGAAACUAGACAGAAAAUUGGUGCUGCAAAGAGACCUUUAUCGUGUUCUGAUGACUUCAAAGACUUGUUAACAAUGCCAACCUUUGGAGCCCGGAACCUCUGCAAGCACUGGUCCAAGGCAGAUGCUGAGAAGGAAGGACCUGCGAUCCAGUCAAUUUCUGCUUCAGCUUUGAUCAAACAACAGAAGCAGCAAUUGCUAGAGGCAAGGAAAAGGCGCUCCGAGGAGAUCCAGAAGCGGUUUCUUCAGAAUGCAAGUAAAGCUGAGACGGCAGCUUUACCAUCCUCUGCAGGGCAAUCCACACAUAGCUCUCCAACCCCAGGGGCCGAAUUCCCCAAAGCUGCAAAGAUGACAACCCCACAGACACCUAGACUGGGUGCAGGGUUUUCUGAAGGAGAUGAUAUCCUUUUCUUUGAUGUCUCCCCCCCUCCAGCACCAAAGCUAAGUGGCUUAGCAGAAGCUAAGAAGCUGGCUGCUAUAAACAAGCUGCGAGUGAAAGGCCAAAUCCUCGCUAAAACCAACCCAAACAAUGUCAAACGGAAACGACCGGAUCCUGCUGAGGUUCUUGCAGUUGCAGAGAGAGUGGAGAAUGCUGCCUCCUCAUCACAAGAUGCAAAUGAGUUGGAGCCAGCCCAAAAGAAAUGGCGGGAGCAGCUGGCCUACCUGGAGUCUGAUGAGUUCCAAGAAAUUCUGAAUGCCAGGUCGAAGCAUACGGGUGUCCUGAUGGAGUUUGAGGCUGAACUUCAGGAACGCUACUUUGAGCCCCUGGUGAAGAAAGAAGAGCUGGAAGAGAAGAUGAGGAGCAUUAAAGAGCAGAAGUGCCGGGUGGUGACGUGCAAGACGUGCAAAUACUCCUAUUUCAAGCCCCUGGAUACAUGCCUGAAGGAGAAUCAUGAUUACCACUGGCACGAGGGUGUGAGGCGAUUUUUCAAGUGCCCCUGUGGAAACAGAGCCAUCUCUCUUAACAGGCUACCAAAAAAGCCCUGCAGCACCUGUGGCCUCUUCAAAUGGGAGCGAGAUGGGAUGCUAAAGGAGAAGAAAGGUCCGAAGAUUGGUGGAGAAACGCUUUUACCAAGAGGGGAAGAACAACCCAAGUUUCUUAACAGUCUUAAGUAACCCACAGAUGAUUUUUCACAACAUAUACCUCAUUGUCUGACUUUGAAUUGUGCAUUUACUAAAAACAUGUGGGUUCUGUGUUUGGUAUGAAAAAUUGGGGAAACCUAUUUUGGCCAGGGCACCUGAGUCUUUCCUCUAGUUCUUCCCUUGAACUGACCAAUUUUGUCUACUAAGUUUGACUGAAGAGACUAUGUGAAAUAUUUGGCCAUGCUGAUUCCUUCUUAGGAACAAGCUGUUUAUAGCAUUUAGAAACAAAACCUCUGCUAUCAUGAAAUUUGAAUUUUAAAGUGUAUGUAGAACAAUUAAUUCAAAUUAUGUUACUGGAAUCAUACAGCACAAGCCAUUAUGAACUUGGAAGACCUUUGACACAGAACACAAAUGCUUCCAGUCUGUCUCUGGUAUGUAAUAGGAAACAAAUCCUGGCAUAAUAUAUUAAUUCAGCUGUUCCAGUGCACUGUUACAGCAUACAAAAGCAGCAACAUAUUGUAGGAUGCAUUUAUGUAGGUACGUGAUAAGCUGACGUCCACAUAUGGCUUUUCAUAGUUGUCAGAACUGCUCAUUAGAGCUUGCAGGGCCAAUUGUAAGCUGCUUAGAAAUUUUAGAAGGUAAAGUGUUCAAAAGUGCUGAGUGACUUGGACUUGAGACUCAGUAGUGCUUAGGCCUCUGAGUCACUUAAGCUGUUGUGCAAAUGUUAUCCCUUCUUUCCAGCUGACUGCACUGCACAAAUCUAAGCUGCUGGAGUCAAUUUGUCAUCUGCACCUGUGGGUCACUACAGUUACAGGUCUUCCUGCUCACAAAAUGGUGUUUUAAUUCUUUUAAAGAGUCUGGCAGUAUUUUGUACAUGGUUUUAGAGAGCAAACAUUGUGUUUAGUUUCAACCCCUUUCUUUAACAUUUUUAAAUCCUUUUAAUUGGAUAGAGAAGCCACAGUCCAUAUGACCCCAUAGUGCUUUGAAUGCCAGUAGCACCAGCAACCUGUGGCAUACUAGCUACCUCCAGGACAGAUGUUUGACCCCUCAGGUGACUCAGGAGAGAGUCAGUUUCAUUUUCCUGAAAGCAAGUUGCCCUAGAAACCUUGGUGUGUUUAACAAACCAUCCUUGGCUUGAGAGUCUCCCUGAAAGUGUCCCUUCUGCUGCCUUGUGGCUAACAUUAGCAUCCCACGAGUCCCUAAACCCACAAAUUAAGUUGAAUUUAUGCAAAUUAAAGUGCCACAGCCUGAUUUUUGUAUGUCCAGGUGGUGUUGUGAGUCAACACCUCUCAUUUUCUUCAUGCCUGUGCCAGGAGUGGAGAGGGAGUAAGCAACUGGACCCCUCCAGUUGGAAAAUGGUACCUGUGUGCUGGGCACUGACUGUCCCCAGCUGACUCUUGCCUUCAGACUUUCUCAUUCUACAAGUUUUUUUGUUGCUGUAACACAUGGCAAGUGAGUACAAAUAUUCCAUUACUGUAAGUGCUGAACUAUGUGACACUUUGGUUUGUUUGGCCUGUUGUUACCUCACUCGGAGUCCUUGUAAAUAUGGUGAUCCCUAGGCUUACAUGUUCUAUAAUGUGUAUUGCAGUAAACACCCUAAAGAA